AUGAGGCUGACCCGUCUCGACCAGAUAACCUUGCGAACUGGAGUCGCACGCGCUACCAAUUGCGCCACAGCCCCAACUUGUUGGCAUAUCUACAUUAUUGAUAGCGAUGUACCCAAAAAAACAAUAAAAAAAGGAGAUGAGGCUGACCCGUCUCGACCAGAUAACCUUGCGAACUGGAGUCGCACGCGCUACCAAUUGCGCCACAGCCCCAACUUGGUGCCAGAUCUUACGGCGGUUGGCAAUACUACCCAGAAUUUUUUCAAUACCCACACAAUCUUUCCUAAGUAUUAUUGUCCUAUUACGCACAGACAAAAAAAAAGUAUCAACCGAGUCAAUGCAUAUAAAAAACGUUUGAUAUAG